CUCGCCCCACAAGUCCGAGUUAUAUGAUCGAGUCCGAUAGGACUCGCCCGAGUAGUCAAGCACUUAACCGCAGCGGGGAGGAAAGAAAUCAGCAGACGGAAGCUUGAGAGCAGAGAGCAUCGGGGAAUGGGCUUUUGCUGCACAGAGAGAAGCGUAAGAUAAGAUCAUCUCUAUAAAUCUGACCUAAAGAGACGCCAUUUCAAUGAACUUCCAACUAAAGCAGAGAAGGGUGUAUUUGUAUAUUCUGUAGAGAGAAAAUCAUUUCAAUCUUUGAGGGACAGUGUGCAGAGAGAGACUCAUUUGAUUCUUUGAGGUACAGUGUUGAGAGAGAGACACUCAUUUGAUCCUUUGAGGUACAGUGUGUUGAGAGAGAGAUGAAGAUAUUGGUGGCAGUAAAAAGAGUAAUAGACUACGCAGUGAAGAUUAGGGUCAAACCAGACAAGAGUGGUGUGGAGACAAACAAUGUGAAGAUGUCCAUGAACCCAUUUUGCGAAAUUGCGCUCGAAGAAGCUCUGCGCAUCCGAGAAUCAGGAAAUGCAUCAGAGGUUGUAAUUGUGAGCAUGGGUGGAGCCCAGUGCACUGACGCCCUCAGAACUGGGUUGGCCAUGGGUGCAGAUAGGGCAAUUCAUGUCUCCACUGAUCAAUAUCUUCACCCGCUAUCAGUUUCCAAGCUCCUCAAAUCACUUGUAGCCAUUGAGAAUCCAGGGCUUUUACUGCUUGGAAAACAGGCAAUUGAUGAUGAUUGCAAUCAGACUGGGCAAAUGGUUGCUGGGCUGCUCAAAUGGCCACAAGGGACCUUUGCUUCCAAGGUGGUUUUGGAUAAGGCGAAAAGCACGGCAACAGUAGAAAGAGAGGUUGAUGGGGGUCUUGAGACAUUAUGCUUGGAUCUUCCAGCAGUAAUCACGUCGGAUCUACGACUUAAUCAGCCUCGAUAUGCAACGCUUCCUAACAUAAUGAAAGCAAAGUCAAAGGUUAUAAAGAAGGUUACUCCUGAAGAAUUAAAUGUGGAAAUCAAGCCUGAUAUAGAGAUUGUUGAAGUUAACGAGCCCCCGAAAAGGAAAUCGGGUGUUAAGGUGUCAUCUGUAGAUGAGCUUAUUGACAAGCUGAAAAAUGAAGCUCGUGUCCUGUAAUUCUGGACAAUGUUUUUCUUUUCAGUUUUUAAUUUGUAAUUGACAAAAAACUUCAUAUCUAUUCUGUACAGGGCCAAAUCCUUGUUUAAGUACAGAAUAAUGUAAUGGGUUCUCCUACGUUAUUCAUGGAUGGGGGAGGCAAGUAAUUGUUCCCAAUUAAAACAAGGUUGACCUUGAAAACAGCAGAAAAUUAAUGCAUUUUAUUCUAUUUUUGGCCA